GAAUCUGGCAGGUAGGUUUAGCCAGGCUUUGGAGGAUCUGGUUGCUGAGUGGUGAUGGAAGGAGGGUCAUUGUUGAGGAUCUGGAUUUGCCCAUCUAUCAGUUGUCUGAGGACACAUUUUCCCUUCCAGUAUGUUUAUCAUGACUGAUGUUUGUGAGGGAUGAUGCUACCACCAGGGAAACUCAGAGAGCUUUCUCUAUCCCACUACCCACAUCCUCCUGCAAUUCUGAGCCCAGCCUCUCCCAAGGGCAACAAGAUAUGGUGCUGUUUUUCUCCAUCCAGUCUGGCAUGAAACCACAGUGGUUUCAGAAGUGCCUUCAGGACAACAAGUGGAAAUACACCAGAGCUGCUCAGGUCUUCACUAUGCUCAAGAUGAAGGGCAUGAUCUCAGAGGAGGCCUUCAAACAAAUCUCUUAAAAAGAGCCCU